ACAAGCCAACCCAAUUGUAAUUUAAAGAUAUUAUCGAAGCAAACUGCGGGACGUGACCAUGACAACGUGAAAGUGGAAAUUUGCUUCGUUUGGCUGUUUUUCUGGAAAAAAUGGCAGCCAGCGUUAUCCGAGGUGGUGUGGUUUUUCGGUGGUGUCCUCGGUCGGCCGGGCCUCGGAUGCGGUGAAACGUUGGCCGGUGCAAUAGCAAAUUGUAUUAGCACGUUUUAUAGUGCGGUGGGUUUUGUAUUUGGUGCAUUUUGAGACCGAGUGUGUGGAGUGUGCAACUGACGCGUAAUCUGCAAAAACUCGUUUCAAACUGAUCAAGAGAAAGUUGCCUUUGGUGGUAGGAAAAAGGUUCUUGAGUAGUAAACUCUUUGUGGUGUUAACAAGUAGUAAAAAGUGGUUCAUAAUUAGUGGUAAAUGUGAUCAGUUGAAACGAUAAGCUGAAAAUCGUGGCCUGCUGUGAUUAUUGAGUGCAUUUCCGGUACGAACCAAGGAACGCAAAGUCAUCAAACUGGCACAAGUACACCUGCGAGACGCCGGCUCAUGAGUAGCAUUCGGUCAAGCGAGCGAGAUCGUAUCACUGUGAAGAUUCAUAACAUGAAACGUAGCGCAUCGCGCGAAUCUCCACCACCUAGAUCAAAGCGACGAAGCAGUAUUGGACGUUACGACGAUAGCUCCGACGAACGAAUUACCCCUGACAGAAUGAGACGCCGUGUAGCACGUUCGCCGAGCCCGCGCGCUCGUUAUGCCUCCCCGCACCGCGAAGAAUACGGAUCGCGUAGUGCCCGACCGGAACCGCCCAGUGGCGAUCGUUACUCCUACAAGGUGCUGUGUGUCAGCGCCCUCCACCCGAAAGCAUCGGACGAGUUCAUCAAGGAAACGCUGUACCGCGAGUACAAGAAGUUUGGUGACUUUAGCAUUCGAAUCUCGCACGAUCUCGACGAGCGUGUAGCGUACGUGUGCUUCCGCACAUCGGAGGACGCACGCGAGGCCAAGCACGCCAAAUCGCGCAUCAUCCUGCACGACAAGGUCGCCCUGGUCGAGCCGGUGUACGAAUCCUCGAAAUCGGAAUCCUAUCGCCGUCCUCGUUCGGCCUCACCAUCGGAGUACGAUCGGCACUACUAUGCGCGAUCGCCUGGUGUACCGCCACCGGAUCGCCGUAGGCCACCGGAGCAUCACCCGUACGAUGCUUACGGUCCACCGCCGGGUGGGCGAAUGCAUCAUCCCGAUUUCCGUCCGCCGAUGCACCACGACUAUAUGCCGCGUGGUCCGCCGCUGCAUCAUCAUGGGCCACCGCACAUGCAUCCCGGACCGCCGCAUCAUCAUUAUAUGCCACGACCGUACAUGCCGCGUCCGCGCGCACCAUUUGAGAAGCCGGAAAACAAGAAGGACAAGUUCCCGAAUUAUCUGCACCACAUCCAGCCGGAAGACGACCCGCUGUCGACGCGUACCCUGUUCGCAGGCAAUCUAGAGAUCAACAUCUCGGAUGAGGAGCUGCGACGCAUCUUCGGCAAGUACGGACUUGUCGAGGAUAUCGACAUCAAGCGACCACCGCCCGGUACAGGCAAUGCGUUCGCCUUCGUACGCUACCAGACGCUCGAUAUGGCGCAUCGUGCCAAGGUGGAGCUGUCCGGUCAAUACAUUGGCAAGUUCCAGUGCAAAAUCGGAUACGGAAAGGCAACGCCGACAACGCGCGUCUGGGUCGGAGGUCUCGGUGCCUGGACCUCCGUUACGCAGCUCGAGCGGGAGUUCGAUCGGUUCGGUGCGAUCAAGAAGAUCGAAUACACGAAGGGUGACACCCAGGCCUACAUUCUGUACGAUUCAAUUGAUGCGGCCACGGCAGCGGUUAAGGAAAUGCGUGGCUUCCCGCUUGGUGCACCCGAUCGUCGGAUUCGUAUUGACUUCGCGGAUAAUGGUACAGCGCCGCCCUUCCCCAAGACAGGCGGUGGCCGUCCGUUCGAGGAGGGUGGUGGCGAGUAUCGCCGGGUACCGGAGUACGAGUAUCCUGAUGGUGCGCCUCCGUACGAUGAUGCACCGUACGGCAGUGGUGGAUACGGAGCACGUUCAUUCCGUGGUCGUGGUAGCAGUGGAGGAACCCCCGGAGGUCCCGGUGGUGCAGGUUAUCGUGGCCGUGGAGGUGGUGCUGGCUUCCGCGGUGGUUUCCACCAUGAAGGACAUCGCGCUGCUCCUGGCGGUGGACCACCACAUCACGGUGCCGGUGGACCAGGCGAGGAAGAAUGGCGUCGUCCGGCCGGUGGAGCCGGUGAGCCCGGUGAAUACGAGCAACGACGACGAUCCGGAUCGCGUGAGGCGGGCAUCGAUCGAUCCCGUUCACGAUCACCGAGACGCCGCAGUCCGGCGGAUUCCGAUUCGGAUUCAUCUUCUCGUCGCAACGGUGUGCUGACUACGGCCCGCACUCUGCCCGAGGUGGCCCGCAAAUCGACUACCGUGUGGCAGGGAGCAUUGAUCUUGAAGAGCUCGCUCUUCCCGGCCAAAUUCCAUCUCACCGAUGGUGACGCGGACAUCGUCGAUGGGCUGAUGAAGGAUGAAGACGGUAAGCAUCAUCUUCGCAUUACGCAGCGCUUGCGCCUCGAUCAACCGAAACUGGAGGAUGUCCAGAAGCGAAUCUCUUCAUCGUCGUCGCACGCCAUCUUCCUCGGUCUACCUGGGUCCACCUCGGCCGUCACCUCCUCCGACGACGCCAGCGUUCAAACGCGCCCGCUACGCAAUCUGGUGUCCUACCUGAAGCAAAAAGAAGCAGCCGGUGUCAUUUCGCUGCUUAACAAAGAAACCGAAGCCACUGGCGUUCUGUAUUCGUUCCCGCCGUGCGAUUUCUCGACGGAACUGCUGAAGCGUACCUGCCACAAUUUGACAGAGGAGGGUUUGAAAGAAGAUCAUCUUGUGAUUGUGGUGGUACGCGGUGGUACUGCCUAAAUUUAACUGUGCGUUGGGAGGGGUGUGAGGGGUAGACGUGUGCAGUAAUUUUAGGAAAAAGUAUUGUCCCACUUUAAGGUAAACUUAAAACGUCACGCAUGCAAACCUAUGACAACAAUCUACACCGUGAUCGACGGAGGUAGAGAAGCGUUUUCACUCAUCAUGUCCUGCGUUUUUCACGCCCUCUGGGAGCAGCAGUGAACACCGUUUUACUGCCGAUGAUUGUAGAGUGCUCCAGAUACAGAAUUCCAAGAGAGGAACUAACAUUGCAAACAUGGUAACCAGCAACAACAACCCGUACCCAUAACAACGGGCGUCGUGAAAGUAGUGCUCGUGUUUGUGCGUGCGUGCGUCCGUGUUUUCGAUUCACUUUCAUCAUCCCCAUUCCUUCACCACAUACACAACCAACCGAUGAUGACUGGUCUAGGAGGCGACAACGAUGAGUUGACCAAUGAUUACUCGACGAACUAAAAAGAAAAAAAUCGUGCAUCAAAAGGGACCGUGUGACACGCGUGACUACCAGUGACGGCAAUGGUAGUGGAUAAGUUAAGGUGAAGAAGAGGAAGGAGAGAGAGCAGAUAUCCAAAACAUGGGAUAUUUCGAUUGCCCUAGUAUCAUCAUUUUACCCAUUUCGUCGCUUUUUGUGAAAUGUAGGAACACAAGUUCUGCGUGAGAUGGGUCUCGAGAGGUAAGGUUUUGUAUGUGACUGAGAGGAGUUUGAGAAGCGCUGUGGUAAAAAGGUAUCCCGAAGAAAUUGUGCGUGAUCUUUUUUUCCCUCCUUACCUUUUUAUUACCACCCCCUUUCUUCUUCAUUACAAACGUUUGCGCUUCGGAAGUGUGUUGAUCUUACAUGAAUAAAUGUGUAUCAGGAGAGCAGAGCCAACAACAGUCGUCUGGCGUGUGAUUUAGAUGAGUGAGAGCACGCGUUAGAUCUCGAGUGUUGUGUGCAUCCUCCGAUGCCCAUCCGUGUCCGGUGUGUAUGGUUUGUGUGCGUGUGUCCCUGUGGGAUUGUUCUGUUCUUUCGAAAAAAUAUCCGUGAAAACAGGCAAACGUAUCGUGACAAACGUGGAAGACAAAGUCAAGCGAAGUUUUUCGGUUUGUUUCGUAUAAAUUACACUAUACCAUAUCAAGAUUGCAAUUAUAUUUCAUCUUCAAUUAACUAUCAGACUCAGUAGCAUGCGCGAAAAAAGAGAUUCUUCAGGGUACAUUGUUUUUUUUCCUUUUUUGAUACGGUAUAUCCUCGUACGCAUACGACCAAUAAGAUGGAUUGAUUUUUACCUUCAUGUUUGAUGUUAGGUUUUUGUUUAGUUUACUUUGCUUCACAAUCAAAUUGAUUGACGGGUCCUUACGGUGUGGCGAGCUCUUUCGGUAGGAAAGGACAUGGAACGAUCAUUUUCCGGAUACGAGUUUGAUCACAGUAGGUUUUUUUAAUAUAUUGACAGAAGAGCCAAACGGUUAUUCCUAGCCACUAUAUACUGAUGGAAUAAUUAGAAGCAACCAUUAUAAAAGCAAGGAAUUUCAUUCGUGUACACACAUGCUUGCAUGCAGACAUUAAAACAAAGCAUUAGACUAGAGUGGGCACUUUAUGUAACCGUAUUCAAAAGAGUGUGUGGGAGAUGUGAAAAACGAUAGGAAUGUCUUCAUUGACGAUACAUGGAAACAGUAGAUUGGAAUGAUUUAGAAUUUCAGUGUUUCGUGUACUCGCUCAACCAACAGUAGAUCUACAAAUAAAUAAACAGAUUUAAUCCAAGAUGCUUCCUGCUGGUGGUGUGUAGGGAACAAGGGUGGUGGCUCCCAGCGUGUGCUGAUUGUUUGUUGGUGUUACCGUGACAAAUGAAACCGAGUAAUGAUGUUAAGCGUUUGAUUGCAACACAGUGCCACCUGCAGUAGAUUGUGAUGUAAAUGUAAGCAAAAUCAUCCGUGUAUAGUUCUAGUUAUUUAAAGAGUUUACGUAUUUGUGCAAUUUGGGGAACCUAUAGAAGCAUGCUCGAUCGAGAUGGGUGUGAUGAGUCUCGACUUCGUUUGUUGGUGCUGAUUGCAGAAUAAUUCGUGACAAAUUUGUGGCUCCCAGAGUUUGUAACUAUUUGAUAUUGUGCAAGAGUGUUUCCAUCCAUAUAAAUUCUGGAAAUUUACAGCCCACAUGAUUUCAUCCCAAAUCUUCAACUACCUCAGUAAAUAACUGAGACGGCAUUGAUAUGACCUUUGUUUUGCUGAAGAACCUAGAGGUUCUGUUAGGAUAACUGUUGUUUUUUAGACCUUAAAAUAUGGCUUUAUUCCUACGUACUGUUUUCUAUUAAAAAACAAAUGUAGGACAAGCUGCGGCACUUGAUUUAUGGUAAUCACGUGUUCGUUCAGUGAAAAGUAUACUCCCCGGCCCUGGUAAAACGUUCGUUCUGUGUCAGUUUAAGCAAAGUGCAGGCAAUUUUUAUUCGAAAGAUCUGCCAAAAUAACCAUGUACCUCCUGUAAUCUCCUCACGAAUUCGUGCGUUUUUCAAGCCUUUCUAGUUGUGCUGUGCUAAAUGUGUUGCAAGUUCUGCACGGCGAUCUUCGUCGGAAAAUAUGUGGUGUAAGUUUUCGUGGUUGUUGUUUGCAAUGAGCGAGUGAGGGUCUGUUUAAGUUGUGAUUUUUUUUUGGUUUGUGAACUGGAAGAUCCUUUCUCUAUCCGAAAUUAUUUAAAUAUAUUGAGUUAUGUUUUAUGUGCAGUGUGCGGGUUGGUGCCAAUAUUUUUACUGAACGGCCACGUGUGUGUUUCGAUUUGCUAAGAGAUUUGCGAGCUCCAAUUCGUGCUAGGUGUUAAUUUCACUACCAAUAGUUUUUGCAUUUUUAGAUUUGAAUUGGGUGUAAUGUUACUGAAGGUUCUACCUUAUGAUCGGUCGUUGUGCUGUCCCUUUCCAGUAUUCUGGGCUUCUGAGUGUAGUUCCGGUAGUUUGGUUGCUAUGCAAAUCGUGGGCUAUGAUCGUUUUGCAAGUUUGGGAUUCAGCUGACUUUGGUUUCAU